CCCACCGCGACGCGUCUUUAUCAGAUUCAGUGCGACAGCCGAGAAGAUGCCCUCCACCACACAUGUAUCAAUGGUACCGACAUUGAUGCUCAAUUCCUGUGUCCAUAUCUAGAAAUUAUAGCCUCUCACUUGAUUAGAGGUCAUGGUCACAAUGUCGGACGACUACGGCGAUGUUGACCGCGGCUACGACAACUCUCACAAAGCUUUUCUGCAGGCCUUCCUCGCCCGAAGCGUGAUGACGCUGGAUGAAGCGAAACCCAUCCUCGCCAAGAUAUUGUCUGCUCACGACGACCGGGAGACCCUCCCCGACGACAUCACCGCCACCGACAUCCAAUCCUACAUCGCAACAGUAAAUGCUGCCAUCUCCCCCCUCGACUACGAAAUCCGCCACACCCACCGCCAAACCGCCUCCCCUACCACCAACCACCCCACCUCCACCCAGCAACCCUCCCCACGAACCCUCAUCUACGCCCUCGUCAACACCGUCUCCGACCUCUCUACCCAACUCGCCACCACCCACUCUCCCGACGACAUCGCCUUCGUCAAGCGUGUCCUCGACGACAUGUUCGAGAAAAACAACACCCCGAAACGCGAGACCAUGGCCGUCAAGGGUAUCGAUGCGCUGCGCAACCGGCGGCCGCCGAACGCGCCGGAGACGCAGGCGCAGACGCCGCGGCGGAGCGAAGGGGGUGAAGGGGCGAUGACACAGAUGGCGAACGGGGGGAGCGGGGGAACGGCGUUGACGGUGGAUCGGGCGGAGAAGGUGUUGCAGGGGUUGGUGGAGGAGGGGUGGUUUGAGAAGAGUCGAGCGGGGUUUCUGAGCUUGAGUCCGAGGGCGUUGAUGGAGUUAAGGGGGUGGUUGUAUGAUACGUAUAAUGAGGCGGUAGAGGGUGAAGAGGAGGGGGAGAGGUGGGUGAGGAUUAAGGAUUGUGAGGGGUGUAAGGAUAUCGUGACGAUUGGCCAGCGGUGCGCGAAUCCCGAUUGUCUGGUUCGGUUUCAUAACUUCUGCGCGCAAGGGUUCUUUCGGAACGGGGCGGCGAAGAACUGUCCGCGGUGUCAGACCGAGUGGACGGGGCAGGACUUCGUGGGACAGGAGGCGGCGAAGGGGAUGGCGGCUCAGAGAAGGCAGAGAGGACAGCGAGUGGGACGGGGUCAGGCGAGUGCCGAGGCAGUUGAGAGUGAGACCGAAUGA